AUGAACCACCAGGACACGUGUGUUAACAGUGACAAGAACCACCAGGACACGUAUGUUAACAGUGACAUGAACCACCAGGACACUGACAUGAACCACCAGGACACGUAUGUUUACAGUGACAUGAACCACCAGGACACGUAUGUUAACAGUGACAUGAACCACCAGGACACGUAUGUUAAAAGUGACAUGAACCACCACGACACGUAUGUUAACCGUAACACGAACCACCAGGACAUAUAUGUUAAAGGUGACAUGAACCACCAGGACAUUGACAUGAACCACCAGGACACGUACGUUAACAGUGACAUGAACCACCAGGACACGUAUAUUAACAGUGACAUGAACCACCAGGACACGUAUGCUAGCAGUAACAUGAACCACCAAGACACGUAUGUUUACAGUGACAUGAACCACCAGGACACGUAUGUUAACAGUGACAUGAACCACCAGGACACGUAUGUUUACAGUGACAUGAACCACCAGGACACGUAUGUUUACAGUGACAUGAACCACCAGGACACGUAUGUUAACAGUGACAUGAACCACCAGGACACGCAUGUUUACAGUGACAUGAACCACCAGGACACGUAUAUUAACAGUGACAUGAACCACCAGGACACUGACAUGAACCACCAGGACAUGUAUGUUGACAGUGACAUGAACCACCAGGACACUGACAUGAACCACCAGGACACGUAUGUUUACAGUGACAUGAACCACCAGGACACGUAUGUUAACAGUGACAUGAACCACCAGGACACGUAUGUUAAAAGUGACAUGAACCACCACGACACGUAUGUUAACCGUAACACGAACCACCAGGACAUAUAUGUUAAAGGUGACAUGAACCACCAGGACAUUGACAUGAACCACCAGGACAUGCAUGUUAACAGUGACAUGAACCACCAGGACACGUAUGUUAACAGUAACACGAACCACCAGGACACGUAUGUUAGCAGUGACACGAACCACCAGGACACUGACAUGAACCACCAGGACACGUACGUUAACAGUGACAUGAACCACCAGGACACGUAUAUUAACAGUGACAUGAACCACCAGGACACGUAUGCUAGCAGUAACAUGAACCACCAAGACACGUAUGUUUACAGUGACAUGAACCACCAGGACACGUAUGUUAACAGUGACAUGAACCACCAGGACACGUAUGUUUACAGUGACAUGAACCACCAGGACACGUAUGUUUACAGUGACAUGAACCACCAGGACACGUAUGUUAACAGUGACAUGAACCACCAGGACACGCAUGUUUACAGUGACAUGAACCACCAGGACACUGACAUGAACCACCAGGACACGUACGUUAACAGUGACAUGAACCACCAGGACACGUACGUUAACAGUGACAUGAACCACCAGGACACGUAUGUUAGGACAUGA